AUGACGACUCCUCCACUCCCUUCCAUGAACGCCAUGGUUGACGCGGUCACCGACGCCGUGGAGGCCGCCAUCGCCCGUGGCAACAGCCACCCUGGAGGAGUCCGCAGGUUCAUCCUCCAGGGCGCCAUCCGCCGAGUCCUCAAGGACAUUGGCCAGCACCGCAUCGCCCUUCACCGCCGCCUCGCCACCGGACCGAAUGCCGGUGGCCGACCUUCGACGCCACGGCAAGCACCGCGUUCAUCGCGGAUACAGUACACCACUGGUGUUUGCCCCCGCCACGGCCCGACCACCUUCGUCCGCCGGGUUGGGGCAACACCGGUGGCCUCGCCGAAGCCGUCGUCGUUGCCGAAGCCGUCCCCGUUGCCGGCGCCGACUCCUACGGCGCUGCUCCCGACGUCGUCCGCACUCCUUCGCCCAUGGAACGGAGGUGGUGGCCUGGCGGCCGCACGCCGAGACGUCGACAUACCGGCUUGGCCGCCGGGAUUCGCCUACGACUUCGACAUCACCCCACCGCCUCCUCCAACCCGUCCAACGGCGCUCUCCCCGAUCGCACCUCCACCAACUCGCGGCCGCUCGUACGCCGACGUCGUGGCCGCGACCUCCGCCCGGGGCCGUGACGCCCUUCCGCCCGCCGACAAACUCGGGGCUGGGUUUGUCUCCUCCUCGGUGAAGGGGGAGGCGACCCGCCGCCCUUGA